AUGAAAUUCUCCCUCAUUGCCGCUCUUGUCGUUGUGCUGGCUGUUGCCCAUGGCAACGAGGCCGUGUCACUGGUGAAGCGUGACGUCCAGUCUGAGGUGGACAGGAUCACCAAGCUCAUCAAUGACAUGUCCGCCAGCAUCAUCACCGCAACCCAGGACAUGGUGGAGAAUGUGAAGGCUCUGGAGGUGACCAACACUGCCCAGACUUACGUGGAGGACAGCAGGGCCAAGAUCCUGCCUCUGGUUGAGAAGUUCCAGGCCGAGGCCACCAAGCUGCAGGAGCAGGUCAAGCCCUUCAUCGCCAACAUUGAGGAUCAGAUGAAGCCCCUGACCGAUAACUUCAACGCUCAGGUCAGGCCUCUGACCGACAACUUCCACGCCCAGGUCAAGCCUCUGACCGACAUGAUGGAGAAGUUCUUCCAGCAGGUGAUGGAUCAGACCAAGGCCCUGCUCCCCCCUCAGUAA